AUGUCGCUCUCGAUUUCUCAGCCUGCAACUACGGUUCUGCUAGGCACCGCUCUCAUUAAAAUUACCGCUACUAAUGGAAUCUCUCAUGUCUUUCGAUGUCUGCUCGACAGUGGAAGUCAACUCAACUUCAUGACAGAGAGGGCAGCACAGCUAUUAAACGUCUCUCGUCACCGCUCUACUCACACAAUCGUGGGAAUAUCUGCAUCGCAAUCCUCGACAAAGGGACAUGCACUCCUAGAACUAUCCACACUAGGCAGUGAAGUAAUUGCUUCAAAUCAACCUUUCCAUAUUCUAGAUAGAAUUUCCGCUCCUUUGCCUCGUACUCAACUCGCUUUUGAAGUUUACGAACUGGUAAAACCUUUUGUCCUCGCAGAUCCGACCUUUCAUAUUCCUCAGAAUAUUGACAUUCUCAUAGGAGGUGCUUUGUUUCCAGAACUUCUUACUCAUCAAUCCUACCCAUUGGGCUCAAACCUUCCAUUCGUUAUUGGAACACGAUUGGGAUUUGUGUUAAUGGGCAAUGCACCAACUUUGUCUAAUUCUUCUCCCACCUCAUGCCAUUCGUCUCUACUAUCCACUACAGACGAGCUACAUAAUACUCUACUUCGCUUUUGGCAACAAAAAGAGGUACCGCAGUGCAAUCUUAUCUCUGAAGAUGAUCGUCUCGCUGAAGAUCACUUCAAAUCAACUCACUCCCGCUCUCCAGAUGGAACAUAUGUUGUUCAAAUCCCUUUCAAGGACCAACAUCAACCUCUGGGCACUUCAAAAUCUGCUGCUGAACAUAGACUUCAAUCAAUUGAACGAAAGUUUGAAUCCAACUCUAAUUUCAAAGAAUUGAUCCCCUCUCACUCCUGGCGCUACGUUCCCUCAACAGACAACCCCGCUGAUUGUGCGUCACGUGGUUUGCUUCCCGCUCAACUCAUUGAUCAUCCUCUAUGGUGGAAUGGCCCUCCAUGGUUAACUCUUUCAGAUGAUCAUUGGCCAUCUAAUCGCUUCGUUCCCAUCAACUUGCAAGACACUCAAGAAUGUAAAACAACUCCUCUAAAUGUCCAAGUUUCAACCCAACCUCCAGAAUGGGAUCUUCUCUCCAAGUACUCAUCGUGGUCCAAACUACUUAGAGUAACAAGCUAUGUCUUGCGGUUUAUCCACAAUGCACGUACCGGUAGCUCUGACCGAAGACAUGGGCAUCUCACCGUCUCUGAACUUAAGAACUCAGAGCGUACCAUCAUCAAGUGUGUACAAGCUACAUGUUUUACGAAUGAAUUGACUCUACUUCACAAAAACAAACCCAGUACCUCUAAUCUUCAACGUUUAGACCCUUUUCUGGAUGCUUCCGGCAUAAUUCGUGUGGGAGGCCGGCUUAAGAAGCUAUCGCUGAAAUUCAACGUCAAACACCCAAUAGUACUUCCAAAGAAGCACCAUAUCGUUGAUCUUCUCAUAGACUUUGUCCACACUACUCACUUACAUUCCGGACCACAACUGACCCAAGCAAUCCUUUGCCAAAACUAUUGGAUUCUUUCGGCUCGUCGAGUCAUACGGACACGUAUUCAUAAAUGUGUAAAAUGUUUCAAAGUGAAACCAAAGAACAUCACUCCAGUCAUGGGAGAUCUUCCUACCGCAAGAGUAACUCCAGCUCGACCAUUCACUACCAGUGGCGUUGACUAUUGUGGCCCUUUUGACAUGAAAGUUGUCAAUCUUCGCGGAAUGCGUCAUAUCAAAACCUACAUCUGUGUUUUUGUUUGUUUUGUGACAAAGGCAGUGCACUUAGAAGUUGUAGAAGAUUUAACAACUGAGGGAUUCAUCGCUGCACUCACACGAUUCAUCUCCCGAAGAGGAUUCUGUAAAGAUAUCUAUUCCGACUGUGGCACGAACUUCGUAGGCGCUGAUUCUGCACUGCGUCGAACAAUCAAAAACACCCUGAGCACCAAAGAAUCUGAAGAACACCUGUUGCAUUUCACUUCAUCCAGGAAAAUAAAUUUCCACUUCAAUCCUCCUGCUUCGCCCCAUCAAGGUGGUCUGUGGGAAGCAGCAGUGAAAAGUGUCAAAUACCAUCUGCGCCGUGUCAUGGGUGAACACAUUCUUACUCUCCUAGAAUUCAUGACUCUGACUACACAAAUAGAGGCAAUCCUCAAUUCCCGUCCUUUGACACCAUUAUCUAACGACCCUAAUGACUGUUCAGCACUCACUCCAGGACAUUUCCUCAUAGGAUCUCCGCUGGCAUCAAUUCCAGAAGAAGACCAUGCUGAUAUUCCACUAACUCGGCUCAAAAGAUGGCAUCUAGUACAAGCUCUCCACCAAAGGAUUUGGAAGCGCUGGCAACUAGAGUACCUUCAUACACUCCAGCAACGAUCCAAGUGGACUCAUAAGACAGAAAACAUAAAAGUUGGAGAUCUAGUCUUGAUCCACUCUUCAUCGCCUCCUUUGUCCUGGCCCCUUGCCCGUGUCACACAGUUGCAUCCUGGCACAGAUGGACAAGUCAGGGUUGUUGAUCUGAAGACUCAACACGGUUACCUUACUAGACCAGUUGUUAAAGUGUUCCCUCUCCCUCAAAACUAA